AUGAUUUCUCUUCCUCCUCCUCCGAUUGACAAUCCACCUCCUCCUCAGAUCCUCAACUCUCCCUUUCUCGAAUUAUCCUCACCUCGCCCUCCAUUUUUCUUUUACCGCCCCCUCUCCAUUCGUCGGCCUCUUUCUCUAAUAUCCAAUACAAUCCUACUUUUGUCAUCUCUUCACUUUCUCUAUAAUAAUCCACUCGCCAAAUUCUCUCCUAUCUUUGUGACAAUAUACAACCUCUUUUUAGUUUCCUUUUUCUUUGUCAGCUUUCACUAUCUUCCCCCUCCAACACAUGCUUACAAUCACUCUCACACACGAGCCUCCUCCUCCUCCUCUAAUACUUUCUUUCUCCACCUUCGUCUGACAAAUCACCUCCUCCUCAAGUACUCUCCUUCCUCCGCCUUAAUUAACUCUACCGCUUCCCUCACGCUAUAUCCCUCUCUCUUACUCACGUACCCUCUCUCUUUCGCCCUCCCUUUUUACUUUUUCUCUCCGUUACCCACGUUUCCCCCUCCCCCCACCGCCGCCAUCACAGCCGUCCGCUCACGCAUACACUUUCUUCUUUCCCCAAAGACUUUCUUAUCCCACUUCUUCGCUCAUUUCAUUCUCUGCUUUAUUUCUUUAAAUAUACACUACUACUAUUCCUUUCCUUACCUUAUAUUGUGCGUACGUGCGUGUUUUACUUCUGCUUCUUCCUCCUUCCUUCGGCUUUAA